AAGGGCGAAGGGGAGGGGCGGCGGCCAGGACCGAAGAGAGAAGGCGGAGGAGGAGGAGGGGGCGGGCUUCCCGGAGGCGCCGGCGGCACCGUGGGGACUCCCUCCCGCCCUCCCUCCCUCCGAGCCCCGUCAGCGCAGUUGCCCAGCUGAAGCCCGUGAGCUAGCUGUUUAUCAUCACCUCUUGUUGGAGAAGAUAAGGACAUUUCAACAAAGACCCCUGGUCUCAUGAACGAAUCAACAGAUCUCGGGGAUGCUAGCUUUCCGGAGCCAGUCCUGCGGCUCAGGAAGGGUCAUAUACCAGAUCCUACUGAGCAGGAAAAUCAUGCCAGUGAUCAGUCAAGUGAGCAGGGGCCUCUCUUAGUGGAGCCAACUACAUCUUCUCAAAAUGAAAAGCAUUCUAAUAAGGAUGACGGCAACAGUCCAACUCAGGAAGAUGAGGGCUUUAUGGCGAGACUGCCUCUUCUCCAAGCACACCAUGCCAUGGAAAGAAUGGAAGAGUUUGUAUUUAAGGUAUGGGAGGGCCGAUGGCGUGUUAUUCCCUUUGAUGUCUUGCCUGAUUGGCUAAAGGACAAUGACUACCUGUUGCAUGGGCACCGACCACCCAUGCCCUCUUUCCGGGCUUGCUUCAAAAGCAUAUUCAGAAUACAUACAGAGACUGGCAACAUCUGGACACACCUACUAGGUUGUGUUUUCUUUCUCUGUCUGGGAAUCUUCUACAUGUUCCGGCCAAACAUGACUUUCGUAGCACCUUUGCAAGAGAAAGUGGUGGUUGGAGUGUUCUUCUUGGGAGCCAUCCUCUGCCUCUCCUUCUCUUGGCUGUUUCACACAGUUUACUGCCAUUCAGAAGGUGUCUCAAGGGUCUUCUCCAAGCUAGACUAUUCUGGUAUUGCUCUCCUCAUUAUGGGCAGCUUUGUCCCAUGGCUGUACUACUCAUUCUACUGCAACCCUCAGCCCUAUUUUAUCUACUUGAUUGUGAUCUGUGUUCUGGGCAUCGCAGCCAUUAUAGUUUCCCAGUGGGACAGAUUUGCUACACCUCAGUACCGAGGAUUUCGAGCAGGUGUGUUUCUGGCUCUGGGCCUUAGUGGGGUCAUUCCCACCCUGCAUUUUGUCAUCACAGAAGGGCUCCUCAAGGCUGCCACAAUGGGACAGAUAGGUUGGCUGGCACUCAUGGCCUGCCUCUAUAUCACUGGCGCUGCACUGUAUGCUGCUCGCAUCCCGGAGAGAUUCUUCCCGGGGAAGUGUGACAUCUGGUUCCAUUCCCAUCAGCUCUUCCAUGUGUUUGUAGUGGCUGGUGCUUUUGUGCACUUCCAUGGUGUUUCCAACCUUCAGGAGUUCCGUUUCACCGUUGGGGGAGGCUGCUCAGAAGAUGAGAUGCUGUAGAACUGGUCCUAUGUCAAGCAUCAUAACCAAAAGAAAAUUGUGGGAGCAGUGAGGCAAUGCCUUUCCUGGAGUGGUGUGGUAGCUUUUGUGGGGAUUUGAACUAUAAAAUGGAAGAAAAAUUCAUACCUCAAGCAUUGGAGUGAAUUGAUUCUGAAAAUCUGGAAAUUCUUAAAUGCUUAACUUAUUCUUUGGAUCUACAGCCUAAGCUACAGAAAGUCCUUUCUUCAGCAGCUUCCAUUCAAUGCCAUAUUUAUUUGUAGAAAACAAAAGAGGUUGUAAUGGGGAGGUGGCUUAGUGAUUUUUUUCCUUUAAAAAAUCUAGCUUAAGACUUGUAUCUUGUUCAGGUAAGUUGAUUUUUAGAUAAUCUUUUGGGAGACAAAAUGUAUAUAAGAUUUCUAACUUUCUGUUUAAUUGAAAAGUUUAUAUAAAUGUUUUAAAAAUUGGGGGUGGGGAGAGGAGAGGGUUUUGUAUAGAUUACAACAUGCAAUUGCCACACACUGUUUCAAUUUUGCACUGACUUUUUAAGUGCAAGAAGGCCAGGUGAAACCCCUGUAGGGUCAGCAUCAGGAUCCGUAGGUUCUAGUGCUGGUGUAUAUAUAAAACAGCUUACCCCAAUAGGUUUUGUUUACACACAGGGUUGGGAGCAAAUGGAAGCUUAACCAUUUAAUUAGGCUGCUUUUGGGGCCUCUGUGUGUUCUGAUGGCAAAGGCAGAGGAGGCAUUGGGCAUCUGAGCUCAUUCCCUUUCCAGGCAGAUUUUUUGAGACCUUUGCUUUUUUGUGGAAGGUUUUUAGGUAAUCUUUCUUUCAGCAGUCCUUUGCUGCUUUGAGAUUCAGUGUGGUAUAUAUGCUGACCUCAUGGUAGGGUGUUGUUGGUGUUUCACCAGGGCCUGCUGUUCUCUAUCCAAGUGUCAGACACCUUCCUUCUAAGUGAACAUGUGAGAAAUAGUCUCAAAGGGCCGAGAGGAAUACACCAGAAAGAUUUGUGCUUGAAGGAAGAGGACUGGUUGGCUGUUAACCUGUUUUGAAUUAUUGUAGGUGCUGCUGAAUUACAAUAGCACUAAGGUUGCCCAUAUUAAAUCCACUUAACUCCAUUUGGCCCCAGUGUAACACUGUCAUUCCUCCUCUCCCUUUUGGUAUAUAGGACGGCCCUGUGCACUUCUUUUUAACAAAAGUAAAAUUAAAAGCCCACAGAAGUGUUCUUGGAUGCAAAAGAUUUUCUCUUUGUUAAAAUACUACACAAAGCCUAAAUGAAAUUUGUUGGUUCCUCCCAGUUUUUCUCUGAAAGCUUCACUAAAGUCAGAAGCACAUCUGAAAAGAAUUAUUUACUAAGCAAUACUCAGUCAGGCAAGUGAGAAGUAUUUUUCCCAUUUAUAAGAUGGUAGAAUUGGUCACAUUUUAAAACUACUUAGGAUCAUCACAACAAAAAUCUUUCAGUCCCAUCUGGAAUGGAGGCUUCUAACUUUACUCCCUCAAAAUAGAUUUUUUGAAGUCUCUUAGACCUACAAGAGGUGCUUAAUUGGUGCUUGUAGGCAACUUCCAAGUGUGCGUGCGUGUGUACGUGUGUGUUCUGGGUAGGAUCACAAUGUUGAAUGCAUGGACCAGAAUGGUACUCAAAUAUGUUGGGGCUUUUUCUCCCCAAACCAAAAAAAAAACACAAAAAAAACCAACAAAAAACAAAAACCAGAAACAGUGUUAAUUAAAACUCUUCAGUAAAAUGGAGUGCAGUGAUGACUAUACCUCUCAAAGGGCUUAUGUAGCCAAUUGGUAGAAGGAUGGCUUCCAUAAUGUUAGUUGAAUACAUAUCAGAUCCAGAUCCAAACCUGCCUGUCUGAAAAGCACUUUUCACGUGUGUGCGUGUGAGGGGGAGGUACCUUUGUAUGUACCAGCAAAAGCUGCAUCUCCUUAUUCUGGAUCUUCUCAUGUUCACUCCCAUAAAAGGGGUUUUAUAGCCUGGUCUGACAGCACAUAACAUGUACAAAAACACAACACCCCACUUGCUGUUCUUAAUCCUCAUUGGUUUCUGUUUAGGACAUUUUGUGUCCCUAUUUUUAAAAAAUGCUUAGCUGUGCACUUUUCUGGGUGCUUGCUGAGACUUCUUCCCAGGUUGGCACCUGACUGCCUUAUUCUCAGCAGCUGGAGGUUGGCUUGCUUUCUGUUUCUGUGUGUGCAGGUUUUCAGCAUAAUAUAGUUGAGAUUUUCAGCUCCCCCCAUUAACUAGUGGCCUUGUUCAGUAUUUUGUUUUUUAAAAAUUGCUUACUGUUGGAGGCAACAAAGCACAUCUUGGACUCUGAAGAUUGGGGUCUCCAGGCAAUGGGAUCUCAUUCCUUGUUGUAUUAUUAACUUCUAAUAAAAAGAAGAAAUGCAA